GAGCUGAUCUGCCCACAACAAGCACACCACACACUCACUUUCCUUGCAGGCGUGGUGGUAGGUGGUGCGCUCGUGCUCAUCCCGUGCUGGUGCUGUCUUGUACCUGUGGCGCUGGCCGUUCACCAGGUGUGUGCAGCACUGGUGUCGACAGGGGAAAGUCAUGUAGGUGUGUUGGGCGCUCAUGGAUGA